AUGACAGGCAGGGAGUGCCAGAAGGGGUACAAGUUCCGCGCGCCCAAACACGCCGUCUUCAAAGAGAGCUACAAAUGGCCUCCGACGCCCAAGAAGCUCAAGUUCGUUGACGAGACGCGGGGGCUUGAGCUUGGAGUCAGCGAUGACAUCGACAGCGCAGAGUCCGUAGUCGGCUCCACUUCCGCAGACCUCGAAUCGACUGACACCUCGCCGGGCACCACGACCGCCGUGAUCUCGGCUGACCGCCCGCCGCUGCAGGCGGCCAAGGCGGCGAGUUGGCCUCUCCCCAACGGGAGCCAAAAUGAGAACCAUGGUGGGAGGCAUCACGAGAGCCCCCAUGAGAGCCAUCAUGAGAACGGUCAUGGCAACAGUCACGGAAGCCCACCCGAAGGCCGUCACGGCCGCGAAGUCAUUAACGAGCCUGCCCAAUCGCCGCCACGGGCAUCGCCGACCACGCCCGGCGCCGACCACCUCAGCCCCCAUGACGAUCGACGAGAGCCGUCCCAGUCCGACUCGGCCGUGACUCUACCUCCUAUGCAGUCCGUGCUGCCGCCCUUUGAAGGCAUAUAUACCGAUCGUCCCGCAUGGCCGCUCAUCGGCCGCCAAGAAGCCACUCUGUUCCGCCACUACGUUGAGAAGCUAGGAUUCUGGCUCGAUCUAUGUGACCCCAUCAGGCACUUCGAGACCGAAGUGCCGCAGCGGUCCGGCUCGUGCCCCAUCCUCCUGAACGCCAUCUUCGCGCUGGCGGCACGGCAUCUCAGCCUGACAAGCGCCUACGACUCGCUGGCCUCGAACCGUUAUCACGAGCAGUGCCUCAACUACCUUAUCCCAUUGCUCGACCACGCCAGCACCGUGUCAGACGAGAACCUGUUCGCCGCCACCAUCAUCCUCCGGGUUCUUGAGGAGAUUGACGUCAACACCCUUGGCCAGGACACGCACGGCCACCUCCUCGGCAUCCACGCCUUCGUCAACGUCGGAGACCGCUUCCUGGCCCCGGGCUCCCUGACCGCCGCCUGCUUCUGGGCCGGCCUGAGGCAGGAGAUCUACAGCGCCGUCAUCAAUCAACAGGUCGUCCGCAUGAACCUCGGCCACGCCAUCGUCGAUCGCUCGACGGCCCCGGGAGACGACUUUGUCUGGGCGAACCGCGCCAUCGUGCACUGUGCCGACGUCCUCAACUUCUGCUUCGGAUCCGAGGCGGGGUCCGUCCUACAAUGGGGCCAGCUCGAGAUGGCAAACAGGGAAUGGAAGAACGCGCUGCCGCCCUCGUACACGCCCAUCUUUUUCCGUGAGAGAACGAGAGACGAGGCCUUCCCUGAGGUGUGGUAUCAGAAGGCGUGUCACAUCAUCGCCGUCCAACAUCACAUCCUCGCCGAAAUGUACCUCGCACUAUUCAACCCGAGCAUACCGCGGGUCGGCGGCGGCCGCAAGGCUGCAGAAAAGCGGCUCACGGAGCAGAUCCAGGAACUGCUACGGAGUCUGUGCGGAAUCGGCAUGUGCAACCAGUGGUCACCGCCAGCCAUGUUCACGGCUUGUAUGGGCAUAGCCAUCGCCGGUGACCGGUUCGACAACAGACACGACCAAGAGGCGCUGCUGAAGAUGCUGAGCAUUACCGAACAGGCCCACGCGCGGCCCACGACGGCGGUGCGCGAGCAGCUAAUGAGUGCAUGGGGGUGGGUAGAUGUGGACGCCAUAGGCGAGGGAUGA